AUGCAUGAUAAUAUCUUUUCUAAUGUUACUGCCACAUCUCGGGCACUCAUUGAGUUCCCUAUACCUCAAGGUUGCAAAGUAGAUGUUUCCAGUAUGGCCACUGGAUAUCUGGCCCUGACAUUCACUUUAUCCAACAAUCUGACAGUAAAUGGAUCUUUGGCAUACUUAUACACGUCCAUACCAUUGCAAAAUACGUUGGGAACCAGAGAUAUUUCACUUCAAGACGCCAUCUCAGGAUUUAAGGUGAUUGAUCCUCAACCAGAUAAGAAAUCCAACACCAAUAACAACAAUAUCAAUGGUGCAACUUUACUCUAUGGACGCAUGUACUUCCCGGGAAGUUGCCUUGAAGCUAUGAUGAUUAAGAAACUUACCAGUCAAACUCAACUUCUUGUCAAAUGCAUCAACAAUCCCCAUGUACAGAAUGAUGGCACGAUGAUAGUAUAUCUCCAGAAGAAUGCUCCAAGGUAUCUGAGAGAGUUUAUCUUUUCGACCAAUGAACUGUUGUUGGGGUUUCGAUGUUUGUACAACUUGAAUAAUCCACAAGAACAACAACAACAACCGGAUCAUCCACCACAAACUUCACACCAUCACCCACAAUCUGGUACCAAUGAAGAUAUUGCCAUAAUACCCAAGUUUGAUAACUCGGUGCUCUCCAUUGGGACAGAGAUAUGGUAUGCUGCACGUAGUCUAAGCCCCGGGUUAUCGGCUUCUAUGCGUUAUUCCACGAGAUCUACGUCUACAGGGAAGCCUUUGGCCAUGACACUUUCAGUAAACCCAAUGUUAGGUCACAUUUCAUCCACGUAUUCCGUUAAGACGUCAGUGGCCUCCACAUUCUGUUCUCGAUAUGACUUCAAUGUCUACUCAUAUGCUUCCAAUUUGCAAGUAGGCUUUGAAGUUUUUAACUACUCCAAAAAACACUCUCCCAACACAUUUACAAACCACACAGUCAAUCUUUCGUCAAAGGAGAACAAGUCUCUUCGGUCUCAGGGACAGAAAGCCAAUAACGACUUCAAGGCUGCUACACCAAUAGAUACUAAGGGUAGCCAACAUCCAGUGCCAAGUGUCAUAGCCAUCAGAACUCCAACUUCUUUUAGUCACAACCAUAGUAUAAUUAACCCCAUUGAGAAACUGGAUGAUUACUUCCAUAUCAGUCCUACGUUGUUUCCAAGUCAAAAUGGAUCUCAAAAAACUCUAGAAGCCGAAUCUCCGGUGGUUAACGAAACGGUGAUGGACGCUUUCCAGCAUUUGGUGAGCGAAAGUGAUUUUAGCUCGGUAUUUAAAUGCUCUACCAGUUUCAAAGACAAACAAGUGAAACUUCUUUGGGAGGGAAGAGCCAAAGAUUUUCUUGUAAGUACAGGGGUUAAAUUUCGACUCAAUUCAAAUGACUUGAAUCCGGAGGUAGCCAAAUUUGGUAUAUCGUUUUCUUACGCUGCUUGA